CUGACACCCUCAGAGGAGGAGUUAAGCGCAUGUGUGUCUUCACACAGGGACUGCUGCUCUCUCUCCUGCUCCAGUAACUGGAGGCACAAGUCCCCUCUUCUCCAGCCUCAACACCAUUCCUCAGCAGCCAUGGCACCCAAAAAGAGCAAAGCAGCCAAGAAGAACAAGGGAGACAUCAAUGAGAUGACCAUAAUGGUGGAGGACAGUCCCAUUAACAAGAUCAAUGGGCUCAACACUCUGCUGGAGGGGGGCAAUGGCUUCAGCUGCAUCUCCACUGAAGUCACUGACUCAGUGUAUGCACCCAACCUGCUGGAGGGACUAAGCAACAUGAGGCAUGAGAGCUUUCUGUGUGAUCUGACCGUUGCCACCAAGUCCAAAUCCUUCGACGUGCACAAGGUUGUCAUGGCAUCUUGCAGUGAGUACAUUCGUAACAUACUGAAGAAGGAUUCAUCUCUUCAGAAGAUUGACCUGAAUGAGCUCUCCCCCGUUGGUCUGGCCACAGCCAUCACAUAUGCAUACUCCGGGAAACUCACAUUGUCACUCUACGGCAUCGGUAGCACGAUUGCUGCGGCCAGACUGUUGCAAAUCGGCACCCUUGUGAAGAUGUGCAGUGAUUUUCUGAUGCAAGAGUUGAGUGUGGAAAAUUGUAUGUACGUGGCAAAUAUAGCUGAUGCAUACGAGCUCAAAGAAACGAAGGAAGCCGCUCAGAAAUUCAUGAGGGAGAACUUUAUUGAGUUCUCAGAGAUGGAGCAGUUCCUGAAGCUAACUUACGAGCAGAUCAGUGACUUCCUGUCUGACGACUCUUUACAGCUCCCAUCUGAGGUUACAGCUUUCCAGAUUGCAAUGAAGUGGUUGGACUUUGAUGAGAAGAGGCUAAAGUACGCUGCUGAUCUGCUGACUCACAUUCGCUUUGGCACAAUUUCGGCUCAAGACCUGGUGAACCAUGUCCAGAACGUGCCCAGGAUGAUGCAGGAUCCCGAGUGCCACCGCCUCCUAGUGGAUGCCAUGAAUUAUCACCUGCUGCCAUACCAACAGAACAUCCUCCAGUCACGCAGAACCAAAGUGAGAGGAGGGGUCAAGGUCAUUUUAACUGUGGGCGGUCGCCCAGCUCUUACAGAGAAAUCUCUCAGCAAAGAUGUGCUCUACCGGGACGAUGAUAAUGUGUGGAAUAAACUCACAGAACUGCCAGCCAAGAGCUUUAAUCAGUGUGUAGCAGUGCUGGAUGGGUUCCUGUAUGUAGCUGGCGGAGAGGACCAGAAUGAUGCAAGGAACCAAGCUAAGCAUGCUGUUAGCAACUUCUGCAGGUAUGAUCCACGCUUCAACACUUGGAUUCAUCUGAACAACAUGAUCCAGAGACGUACUCACUUCAGCCUCAACACUUUCAAUGGCCUGCUGUUUGCUGUGGGUGGGCGCAAUGCUGAUGGUGUUCAGGCCUCGGUGGAGUGCUAUGUGCCUUCCUCAAACCAGUGGCAGAUGAAGGCACCCAUGGAGGUGCCACGCUGCUGUCAUGCCAGCUCUGUUAUUGAUGGGAAGAUUCUGGUGUCUGGAGGUUACAUCAACAAUGCCUACUCAAGAGCAGUGUGCUGCUACGACCCAUCCACCGACAGCUGGCAGGAUAAAAGCAGUCUGAGCACCCCACGAGGGUGGCACUGCGCUGCCACAGUGGGAGAUCGCGCAUAUGUGAUUGGGGGCAGUCAGCUGGGAGGGCGUGGGGAGAGGGUGGAUGUUCUGGCUGUGGAGUCUUACAACCCUCACAGUGGUCAGUGGAGCUACGCUGCACCCCUGCACACAGGAGUAAGCACAGCCGGCAUCUCCAUCUUGAACAACAAGGUCUAUCUACUCGGAGGCUGGAAUGAGGGUGAGAAGAAGUACAAGAAAUGCAUUCAGGUUUACAACCCAGAUCUAAAUGAAUGGACUGAAGAUGACGAGCUGCCAGAGGCGACUGUUGGCAUUUCGUGCUGUGUUGUUACAAUCCCCACAAGGAAAACACGAGAGUCCAGAGCCAGUUCAGUGUGCUCUGCACCAGUUAGUAUAUAAAGGCUGUCCAAGUGAAAUUCUGUUUGAGUGCCUUAUGACCCAUUAUAUUUACUACAAUUACAAUGUUUCAGGCGUCUGUGUUAAAGACAAAAUCUUUAUUUAUAGACAAAUAUAUAAACAUCAUAGCAUCAUAUUUUCUCACUUUUAACAAGGGAUUUGGGUCCAAUUGUACAACACAUUUACUACUGUAUCAACAUUCAUUCAUUCAUCCAUUUACAUACAGGUGUAUGAAAACAGCCCAGUGUAUUGUGCUAAUAGCUACUGUGAGUCUUUGAUACUUGAACUGGAAAAGGCUGAAGGUGUUUCAAAGGUUUGAACCACCUGCCAGGAGGGUGCUUCCUGAAAGUUACCAAUGGAAGCAGUGUCUCUAAACCUAGUACUGCUCAGAUAUAGUGUAGUACUGCAGGUAUUGCUGCACAGUAAAGAGUAAUGUGUUUGUCAAAAACAUGAGCUGCAAGAAGAAAAGUGUUAUUUAAAAUAUUGGUACAAUGACAACUGAUAUAUACAUGACAGGAAUUUUGUAAAAAAUAAAAAUAAAAAAUACUGAUGUACCUUAAUUAUGUUUGCUGCCUGAGCAUGUGAACAUGCUUAUGUCUAAUGUUUGUUUUUAAAUUAAAGAAAUGAAUUGUA